AUGUUUUACACGCAAAAAAUCCACAUUGACUUUCAUUCGGAUUGCAUUUGUUACUGCAGCCCUGAUUUCGGUGCAAACAUCAAGAUGAUGAAAGUUGCAGUCAUUGGAGGAGGGGCGGCAGGGCUGUGCGCUGCCAGGUACCUGUGCGCCAAGCCCAAGUUAUACCAGGCGACCGUUUACGAACAGUCGGAGCAAAUUGGAGGUACUUGGGUGUACAGGGAUGACGUAGGCAAGGACAAGUAUGGCCAGCCUAUUCACUCAAGUAUGUACAGCCGGCUUAGGACCAAUCUUCCCAAGGAGGUCAUGCUAUUUCCCGAUUUGCCGAUCGCAGAAGGCGGUAAAACUUCAUUUAUCAAGCACACCGAAGUACUGCAGUAUCUCAACCGAUAUGUCGAUACAUUCCACUUGCAGAAGUGCAUUCAGCUUUUGACGCGAGUUGAGUCAGUAAAGCCGGUCACGAAAUGCGGCAAAACUGCGUGGGAAGUGACGGUACAAAGCGUCGUGAACCCAGACUCCCCACCAACAGUCAACCAGUUUGAUGCUGUUAUGGUCUGCAAUGGACAGUAUGCGGUACCCAACUGGCCUAGCAUCCCGGGUUUAGAGACCUUCACGGGCAAGGUGAUGCACAGUCAUGACUACCGACACCCGGAGCAUUUCCGGGGCCAGUCGGUGGUGUUGCUCGGUGCUGGUAACUCCGGGAUAGACAUCUCCCUCGAUCUCCACGCGUACGCAGAGAGGGUCUACCUCAGCCAUCUACACCCACUGCUCCAGGCUUCACUACCAGCCAAUCUACAGCAGGUCCCUGGCAUCAAGUCGGUGAGGGAGGGUAGGGUUGAGUUCACGGACGGCCGGAGCGUGGCAGCCGACGCGCUGAUUCUAUGCACGGGUUACCUGUACGACUUCCCGUUCCUAACCCCAGAGUGUGAGGUCUCGGUAGAUAGGAAGCGAGUUACCCCGCUCUACAAGCACGUCAUCCAUACCAAGUUCCCAUCCUUGUCCUUCAUUGGGCUCGUCUGGAGGAUCUGCCCUUUCCUGCUGAUGAGCUGCCAGGUCCGGUUUGUCAUGGCGGCGCUGGAAGGAACCAUGAUUCUACCGAGUAAAGAAGAAAUGGACGCGGACACCCAAAGAGACUACGACUAUCGGUGCAAGGAGCUGAACAUGCCCCAUCACUAUGCCCACAAGCUGGGCGAUAUGCAGUGGGAAUACUGCAAGGAGCUGGUGAGGCUGGCCAAUGAUGUAGAUGCAGAGGAUGCCACUAAGCCAAUCUUCGAGGAGCUGUACCUAGACUGCUCGUACUGGAGAAGCCAAGACCCUCUCAACUACAAGACGCGCACUUACGAGCUGCCUGGUAUUUAAGUAGAGUUCAGCACAUUCUUCCGAUAUUGACACCGAUUUUGUAAAAUUCGGAUGAACCGAUCUCGAGAGAUCGAAAUUUUUACAAAGAGUUACAUAAAAUCGCAAAAAAAAUCCACGAAAAUGUUUGAUAAGGCAUUCAUUGAAUCGUUGUGAAAUCGCAGGAUACACAAACAGAAGAAAGACAUUUCAAACGCACACACACAUUUUAGUCGUUUUUACAAAACUUGACCGGUCAUGUUUACAUUUCAGAGGUAAAAAUGAAAAUACAAUUCAGACCUGUAAAUUACACUAACUUAAUAAAAUAAUGUUUACAAAGCACUGUUACAAACUACUAAAUCCUUGCGUAAUCAUUUUUUUUUCUUCAAUUUUAAUUUAAUAAAUAAAUUGAGCUCAUAUCACAGGGCAUAACAAAAUCUCAUAACUUAUAUAUUUUUAGGAACUGCUUUUUAAAAUUGAAUAUCGCUUGGGGUUUUAUUGAAUAUAUCGCCAUAAAAUAUAUUAAAAAAAAUAUUUUAAAAUACUAUUUUACAAUCAGACCUCUCUAUGUAAUUUAUUUAACAUGUAUAGUUUAUUGGUGAUUCUUGUCACUUCAAGAAUAUUUCCAUUUCCCUCUGCCCUCACAGAUUUACUGAGUGUGAAUGUCCCUUUGUCGGUUAAAAAAUAAAAACGUGUGAUUGUACGACUAGUAUCUGGGAGCUGAGUUCGUCCCCGCUUCGAGAUCAUGGAGGGAAUACAGCAAACAAUCCGAACACAGUGAGCAGUACCAACCGAAGAAAAAUACAUUAGCCAUCUUUUCUAAAUUAUUUUUUUAAAACGAACAUAAAAAUGACCCUACAAGUUAAAACAGCUUUAAAAUGCUUUGUUUAAUAAUAUAACGUCAAAAAAAA